AUGGCUGGUCCUUCUUCUGACAAACCACUACCUCCAUCCUCGUCUUCUCCAGAAAUGGUUGCAGCUAAUCUUACCACUGUCUUCAAUACUCUGAUCACUGGACUCCAUAUCCUCCACUACAAUGGCGUCCUAGAUGCAUAUGGUCAUAUGUCUGUUCGUAACCCGAACAAUGGCUCGAAUUUCUUCAUGUCUCGUAACCUAGCUCCAGCUCUGGUUGCCAACAGUAGUGACCUAGUCGAGUACUAUGUCGAAGAUGCUGCUCCAGUUGAUCCGAAUGCGCCCAGCGGAUUCAUCGAACGUUACAUCCACAGCGAACUGUACAAGCGCUUCCCUAGCAUCAACAGUGUUGUCCAUAGCCAUUCACCACAGGUCGUUCCAUACACUUUCAGCGGUGUUCCCCUACGUCCAUCUAUUCAUAUGGCUGGAUUUUUAGAGGUUGUCCCAAACUUCAACAUCACCCAGUACUACGAGCCGGGUGACAACCAGGACCUUCUCAUCCGCUCACAGCGUCUCGGAGCGGCACUUGCAGCUCAGUUCUCCUCCAACAGAACUCUGCCAAACGCGACUCAGACUGAAGCCGACUAUGCAGUAGUAUUGAUGCAAAACCACGGCUUCACCACUGUGGCAUCGAGCAUCGAACUUGCUGUCAUGCAAGCAAUCUACACACAAACCAAUGCAGGCAUUCAGACCACAGCGCUAACCAUCCACAAUGCGUACCCCGAAAGUAAUCAGCAGGCUUUGGCAUAUUUGACAACCCAGCAGACUGUACAGUCUUGGGCCACUAUGGCUGGCACAGCAGACCGCCCUUGGGGGUUGUGGAGUCACCAAGUUCGUUCGUCGAGUCUGUAUCAGAAUCUGUUGGAUCCGAACCAGACGCAGCCUGCUUCGCCACUUCUCUAG